AUGGGGCUCCUCACAUUUGCUCUUCUUAAUCUUGGCUGGCCUGCAAUUGCUCUGUGCUAUCCCCUAUAUCACAUGAGGAAGAUGGUCGAAUAUUGGACACUUUUCUCAUUGUUUUCUCUCUUUGAGUUUGCUUUUGUCAAAAUCAAUGAGUGGACACCUUUCUGGCCUGGCAUAAGACUUGCCGUUAGUUUGAUGUUAGUGAUGCCUCAGUUUGAGGGUGCAGGCCUUGUACGGCCAUUUAUUCAUGGGUUUGGCAUUCUUAAUGAGGAGAGACUUUGUAAGAGAAAAGCAUUUUUGGAUGUAGUAGAAUGGAUCAGAAGCUCUGGAAAAGCUUAUUGUAUCACAGAGGACACCACCAGAAGCAAGAGUGCAAAAUAG